AUGAUGUGUCCCCACUGGGGGGCAGUGGUUCCCGGGACACUCAAACGGCAGAGGUGGAGAGAGCCGCCGCCACGGGCAGGCCCUUGGGAACGGGAUGGCUCUGGAUACCGUCACAGCCAGGCAGGCACUGGCCUGGUUGGAGCCUGCCCUGUUCUCUGCCGUGUAUUGGUAGAUGGCCUCGUCCUCUGCGGAUAUCCGCACCAGGGAAAAGCAAACACAGCCACUGGGGCUCCUUCCCUCCGGGUCCCCUGCCCUGGUGGAGUGGCAAGACCCACAGACCAGCCCAGAAGCAGAAGGACCCACCACCCAUAUGCAGGUGUCACUUGUAUGGAGCAGGCUGGGCAGAGCCUCCUGUGGGUGGAGUUAGCUGCAAGGGUUGUAGACAGUAAAUGUAGGAAGAGAGUGUUGUAUAAGGUGGGGGUGGAUGCCUGGGGCAGCUGA